UUACAGUUAAGUUUUUUUUUUUUCCGCUCUCGCCCGUGACAUUUUCUCCAAAUCGGAAGAAAAUGAAGUAUAAGUGGAGCUUUGCCGCAGGCAGCCCUCGGUCUCCGCUUUCAGAUUCGGGGUCCGGGAGCAGAGUUCCCUGCCCGCCGCGGUGCUAAACUCGGGGUACAGUGUGUGGCCCUCAGCGAGCGCCCUGGGACUGAUCGCCCGGCCGAAGGAUGCCGAGGAGCCGGCAAGGCCGGCGUCCGGCUCUGCGUGGGGCGCGGGUGCGAUCCAAAGGCCGCGGGCCACCGGCCUCGCCGCGGGUUCAAGUGCGUCCGGGUUUGGACGCCGCGGCUCCAGGAGUGUGCUCUCUCUCCUGCCCAUCCCCUCCCCGGAGUUCAGCGUAUCCGCGGCUCCGGGGACCCCUCUUCCCGGCCCUCCCAGCCGCGCUGGGCCGCCCGCCUCGGGCCCGACCCAACGCGCCUGUCUCCGGUUCCUGGCCAAGGCGCGAGGACGCGGGCGGGCACCGGGUUCCCGCUUCUCCCAGGCCACGAUCCCGGCCCACGCAAGAGGCUCCCGCGCCCAUCGUGGAGGCUCCGCCUGGAAAAGAAGUUCGACUUCCUCUCCAAGCUGCUCCGAGGGGAAUCGGAAAUCGGCAGGAAAUGACCAGAACUGCCAGCCUGCGCCUUUGCAGCCGGCCCUCGCUUUUCUGAAGACGAGCAGCUCCCACCAAAGUCUUGCCUCCCCCUACCCCGAAAGCCCCGCUCAGCUCUCACCAUGUGACGUGCCUGCUCCCACUUUUCCUUUUACCAUGACUGGAAGAUUCCUGAGGCCCUCACCGAAGCCUAGCAGAUGCUGGUGCCAUGCUUGUACAGCCUACAGAAACAUGAGCCAAUUAAAGCCCUUUUGUUUAUAAAUUACCCAGCCUCAGGUAUUUUUUCAUAGCAAUGCAAACGGCCUAAUACACUGUGCAUUUGGCAGGAAACUGUUGCUGGUGGUCUGGCGGACUGAAUGAUUGAGUAAGCUUUCAAUUUAGGAAGCUCUUGAAAGGAGACAAUUCUCUAAUAGCACUUUCCAGUAGAAAUAUGUGAUUCACGAAUAGAAUUUUAAAUGUUCUAUUAGCUACAUAAUCACGUUACACAAUUACACAAAAAAGGUGAAAUUCAUUUUAAUAAUCUAUUAUGUUUCACCCAGUAUUUCCAAAAUAUUACCAUUUCAGUGUGGAAUCAAUAUAAAAGUAAUGAGCUAUUUUGCAAUUUUGUUUUUAUAUGAAGUCUUCAAAAUCUGAUGUAUAUUUUACAUGUAUAUGUUUCAGUUUGUACCAGCAUAUUGCAGUGGUCAAUAGUCAGAUGUGUCUAGUGGCUCUUAUAUUGAGGGGUCCAGUUUUAUAACAUCAAUAUUAAAUCCCACCAUGGUCACAAAUGAAAAUGAACCCAGAGUGUUCUGGCUGGAUUUAUUCAUGAUAACUAAUCCCUCACUUACAUAAACAGCAUAUGCUUCAAGAAGGAAUAACAAAGAUGCUAUAAAGAUCUGUGUCCUGGGCAUUUGUCUUAUAUUUGACAGCCAAGAGUGUUUAUGACAGGCCCUGUACUUCACAAGCAAGCUAUAAUACAGUAUUGUAAAUACAAAUGUUUUAACUGUGGGUAUAGUAAAAGCAUUUUGGGCUUCCCAGAUUGGCUACAGAUUCCACCAUCACUGGGGCCAGUUUGUGAUUAUGCAUCUAUGAUACAACUCAGAACCAUUUAUUCCGUCAUAAAAGAUGCGGUCAAGGCAAACUCUCACACAUAAUGUCACCUGUGAUCAUUUUUUUCUGACUGAAAUAGCUGCAGUGCUAUUGUAUACAAGCGUAUUUCUUUUAGUGAGAUAAGACAAAAUGAUAGCAUUGAGAUGAGAGACUUGUAAUGAUUUCCCACUGGGAGCAAUGAUCUCUGGUUCUUAAUUUCUCUACCUGUGAAAUGGCAGUAAUAAUUUCGGCCCUGAGGUCUGAGUACCAUGAGGAUAUGAACAAAUACUUUUCAUUUUUCUGAUUCUCAGUUUAGCAGAGGACUUACAAUUGCGAAAGUAUUUCUUCAAUCUGCAGAAGUGUUUGUGAGAGAUAGGGCCAUCCAGUGAGUUCCUUUUUCUUUAUUUUCUUUAAUGGGUCACUCACAGUUUGUGACAAGAGCAUUACUAAUUGCAUAGCUGGUGCCAGGGGCACUGUGGAGUCAUUGAGGAAAUCACUGUUAGCUACAACCCGCAUAAAAGCCAAUUACUCUCUAGAGAGGCAACAUGCCAUCCUGAGAGAAUACAGGGCUGGUGCCUCAAAGUUUUUCCACAGACGAGGUACGCAGCCUGGGGCAAACUAUUUUAACUGCAGCUUUCUCAGCUGUGAAAAAUGAGAAUGGCAAUCCUUACUGCUUUGGAAGAGAGUUGUGUUUAUUAAUUAGUUUGUAUUUCAAAGUGCUUCACAAAUGGAAAGUUUCACUAUUGGAUUAAGGAAAAAUGUCCUUUCAUUUUAUCCCCCUCCACCUUAGGAGGAAAAGAAACUGUGCUCACUGAGGCUGGGAGAAAAAUGGAGGGGAUUCAGGCAAAAAAGCUAACAAACCUGACUUCCAUGGUAGUGGCUCAUUUCCCCGGCUGUAAGAUGGCACCCAUUAAAGGCAGCUUUGUAAAUUAGGCAUCUGAAAGGGCAACCAAACCUGCCAUCUGAAGAAUUGCAUUCAUUUUAGACUUAAUUUUUAUGAUUGCUUCAAGAGAAAAAGGGAAAGAAAAUGAGCCAAAUCACACUGUGAUAGGGGAUUUGAAAAUGAGAAGUAGCAUAAAUAAUAUCAUGUUUUCUUGCUUGAAAAAUAGGAGGUUGGAUCUGCUUAUAUCCCAGCCUUUAGACUCUCAAAUCUCCUUGUUCUGUUUCUAGCUUAACUCGGUAGGUCCACCAGUAUUUUCCUACCAAGUGUUCUACUGUCAUUAAUUGUUUAAAAAAUAGAGAAGAGAGAGAAUUCAUUUCUAUUCUUCUUGUGACUGUCCCCCAGUUUUUCAUUUCUCCUUCCAUACUGCAGAAUGCAGCUGUCUGGCCAGGGACUGCACUUCCCAACUUCCUUUGCAUCUAUCUGGGUCAUGUGACAAGUUCUCACCAAUGGAAAAUGAGCAGAAGUAGAGUUUCUAAGUGGCUGUGCCUUUUCCAGUAUCUCUGGGGACUGGAAAUGAUUCUGAAGCCAUAGGGAAAGGCCAAGCCUCAAGAAAGAAGGCUGAAUCCUUUAUCACCACAUGGAGGAAAAUCUCCCACAGAAAUGGAACAUCUGCUUUGGAUUGUUAUCUGAGUGAGAGAGAAACUUCUGUUGUGUGAAGUUGCUGAUAUUUUGAAGUUUAUUGUUGUAGCAGCUAAUGUUACCCUAACACAUAUACUGCCAAAGCUGACACUCUGCCCCAAAGUUUCCAUUAUAGUUGUCUUUUCCAUGUCAGAACUUGAAAUUCCUUUAGGACUUUCAUGACAUUCAGUAUAGUUCAGGACAUGUAAGGUAUUUAAUAAAUGCAUAUGGAAUUGAGGAAGGAAGGUAUAAAGGAAGGGAGGGAAGAGGGAGGGAGGAAGGAGUGGUUGAAUUAAUGUGUA